CCUAUCGGAUGGGCUAGGUGGGUCGUGCCCACCCAGAAUUAUAGCAAUGUUUUGAGCUGCCGCUCAUCUCGCCCCCCUCUCCACUAGUCGCGAGGAAACCACAAAGCUAACCCUGCGGCGGCGGCGGCUCCCGACUUCCCCCCUACCCGGACCUCCUUGCCGGCCCGCCCCUCUCCCCCUCGCAUUCCGCAUCCGAGGAACCGCCUCCGCCUCCGCUGAGUCUCCAGUCUCCAGCGCCUGCGCCGUCCUCCCCGCCUUCCUCAAGAUGUCAGAAUUAAAAACAUUGAGAGCUACGCCCACGAACGCGUUCCCGAACUUACAGCGAACCUAUGACUUUCUACAGCAUCAGGUUCAUUUCUUUGGGCAGACUGUUGGUCUGAAGAGGUCGGUGGGACAAAAGGAUUACUUUGAUAUUGAAUUUAAGACUCGAGAGGGUGCCAUGGAAACUCUUCAGGAAUGCCAUGUGAAGGACCUGGACUUUGAAUGGGCGCCCUGCAAUUUCGCGCACAAAAUGGCAACAGGGCUGGCUGUGGUAUCUUUUCAACCCCCUCGGUUCGAUUAUGGUGUGUUCUGCGAGGAGCCGUCAUUGCCGCUCCCUUGCAAUAAUCCAUACCCCAAUAAAUGGACUACACCCAAAACGAAAAAAAGAAAAAGAAAUGAGCAACAAGAGCCAGAACCAAUUCCAGAAGCAGUGUGUCAUUACGCGAGGAGGGUUCAGCCACCUCCGGUAAACCCAUGUCCUCCAUUUGAUACACGCGAGUGGCCCAAGUUCCCGAGAUAUUCGACAUUGGUCAAUUCCGCAUGAACGGUGCUCUUUGGGAGAUGGCGGUAAAUCAUUGAAUCGGGGUCAGUUUCAAGGGUGAUUCCCUCGUCAUGCGCUGGACUGAGUACCACAAUUUUCUGUGUAGCACUCUGAAUAUCGAUUAGACUCUGAAGAAUCCCGCACGCAUGCAUUCAUUUCCUUUUGUAUUUGGUUCUGCGAAGAGUCGUCAAUCCAGGUCGAUUGCCAGUUUUGAAGUUCCUGUUUUUUAAUACUAGUUUGAUAUGGGGAGAUUUCUUUUUCGCGA